UUCGUGAACAAUCUGUGCCUGCUAGCGGUGGACAUGAGGAAAGAACGCUGGUUCUGAGGCGGCCUAAGGGCGAAUCUAUGUUUCGUUAUCUCGUCGAACGACACCAAAGCGCUCAUUGGUGGACAACAUCUCAUCUGCAGUAUCCCAUUGCUUAGGACCCUCUUGACGCUCCCGAGACCUUGGACCCAAAUCCAAAUAUCUUUGAACAGUGACAUACCCACAGAUAGACUUGAUGGGUAUCAUCGGUCAUUCGUACAGGACAUCACUCACCCGAGUCGCUCACAAAUCUAAGGAUUGGAAAAAUUGAACAUAACACAAAGCGCAAAGUUAUUCAUUGUCCGAACCCGCCUUUUGGCCACCUUACGUCCGCCCUGCGCGCUUUUUCCUCUUCCCGCGUUCUCCCUCGCCUCGCACGCCAGAUUCAUGCCACCGCUUCAUCUUCCCAUCGCUGCACUUAACGCCGAAGGAUGCCACCUCUAUAUCGCUGCCUUGCAGAACCUCGCCGACCUACCCGACCUCGAACACGGUGUCAAUGUGCGUGCAAACGGAGGCAGAUUCGAGACCGUUGAGGUUGGAGUUCGCGAGGCUAGGACAUGGCUAAGAUGUAAGUAUCCGAGGUUGAAAACAUCAGACCUGGACAUAAUCCUCAAGUUCCUCUGCCCAAGACUGCUCUCUUCCGACUCUUUCACUGGUGGACAGUUUUUUGCUGCCAUUCGUCUGUGCAUCCACCUACUGGAAGGGAAAGAUAUUCAUCCCGACCUCGCAUACGAGCAAGCACGUCCGAAACCCGAUUCUACACUCAACAACCAGAGCCAACAACCCGCUCUACUGGCUCAAGCCAGACCAUCUAUCAGCGCCCCUCCCACGCUUCUUGUCGCCCAAACACCUCUUACACCAACGCCUUGCGUCAAACAACCUUCAAGUUCUCCGGAGAUCACUCUCAUUCCACCAGAGAAUAGACCACAGUCGCAGCCUGCGGUCAAACCAUCCCCGUCUCGCUACGGUCUGCGCGUACACAAUGCGCAUCGAACCAAUCCGGUACAGUCGCAAGGGCGUGUAGGCGAAACAUCACAUGUAGCUCGUUCAGCUCAAAGGGUCAAGAGACCACGAGAGGAGGAUGGGCAAGUUGGGGGCGAUGGCGCAUCAGAGGACGAUGUCUGGCGAGGCAUCAAUGGGAGACGCGACGAGAUGACUGACACCAGCGAGGAACAGUCAAUGAUUGAAGGCACCUCCGCCGCUGGACCCUGUAUUGUCGCCAAAGCUUCCGGAUCCAGCACCUCAGUUCAAUCCAGCGCCCGCGCGAGCACCACUCUCUCCCGCCUCGUGUCGUCCCUGGUCCUAUCGAAGCCGUUCCGCUGCCCCAAGACCAACUGCAACAAAAGCUACAAGCAAGUCACUGGCCUUAGAUACCACCGCACGCACGGUAGCUGCGAUUUCGCCCCGCCCAAGGACCUUGAGCAGGUGCAGGCCCUCCUCGCCAGCACGCAUUCCCAGCGCGAGGCUGCCGGCGAGCAGAACGCCCAGAACACCCUUCCCGACUUGGGCCUGGGAGAAGCCGCUCAACGUCUUCUCGAGGAGCUCGAGCACCAUAUCGACACCGUUGACGCGAUUUGGCCCAUGGGACAAGGCCCCGAGUGGCUCGACGCGCUUCCGAACUGGGAGCCUGGAACGUGCCCCGGGAAAACCGCCGUCCCGUUCCACAUUCGCUUUGCAGAGCACCCUGCCGGCAUAAUCUGCGACGCGUGUCGUGAGAAAGGUCUAUCCUGCAGAUGGGGAAGGGCAAAAGGCAGCGAUGGACCAUACGCACGGAAUUGCGAGAUGUGUCGUGGACGGAGAUGGGGGUGUUCAAAGGGUGGGUCGCACCGGUCGACUCAGAAGUGGAAGCGCGUGCGGGCGAUGUCACCCCCUGUGCGUCUCGUAGAUGAGGAGGAGCGUGACUUGGUUGUGAACAUCGGUGAACGUCUCGGAGCUCUGUUGAUGCAGAAUGUGGAAUGAACAUUAUAGACGCGUUGAUACCUUACAUAAUUCCAUUAUUGUACAGAACCAUGUCAAACUAAUUAACUACUUGCUCUACAAGUACUUGAGCAUGC